UUAUACAGGACUCCUCCCCCCUCUCCAUCAAGACAUCUGAUUGGUCAGUGGGCGGAGACUUCCACAGGUUGAUCUCUCCAACAUAACCUGGAGCAGGUUAGGUGUGCAGCAUAGGUUACCAUGGCGAUAUACCCAGGUAACAAAUGAACCACCUAACCACCCAGAGUUAACCCUGAAGUGACCUGUAACCCCAAAUCCUGCUUCUUAGUCCCGCCCCCUGGAGUAUAUACGCUGCUCUAAGCAUGCUGGGAUACGUAGUGACGUGAACCGAGCUGGCGCCGCCACUUUAACCAUUUUCCCUCCGUCAUGAGGUCAUCAGCGUCCACACGCAUCAGCCUUUUCACGCCCAUAUAAGGAGCUGCUCCUACAACAUGGCUGACCUCUGGCAGAACGCCAUGGACCACGGGGUCGCUGCAGCCCGCCGAGCCGGAGAGGUGGUGCGUGAGGCUCUGAAGGGCGACAGGACGGUCAUGACGAAGAGUUCGUCGGUUGAUUUGGUGACACAAACGGAUCAGAAGGUAGAAAAACUCAUCAUCCAAUCAGUGAAGGAGAAAUACCCCACACACAGGUUCAUAGGGGAGGAGUCUGUGGCUGAAGGUGAACCUUGUGUUCUGACUGAUGAGCCCACCUGGAUCAUCGAUCCCAUCGACGGGACAACUAACUUUGUUCACGCGUUUCCUUUUAUUGCUGUUUCUAUCGGAUUCUCUGUCAACAAACAGGUGGAGUUCGGCGUGGUCUACAGCUGUCUCGAGGAUAAGAUGUUUACAGCGAGGAGGGGGAAGGGAGCUUUCUGUAACGGAGAGCCACUGCAGGUUUCUGAUCAGAAAGACAUCAAACAAUCCAUCAUCGCCACCGAGUUUGGAUCAAACCGAGACCCUGAAACCGUCGAGAGAAUCUUCUCCAGCAUGAGAAACAUCGUCACCAUCCCUGUACACGGCGUGCGUGGAGCAGGAACGGCGGCCAUCAACAUGUGUCUGGUGGCGUCUGGUUGUGUGGAAGCAUAUUAUGAGAUUGGGAUCCACGUUUGGGACAUUGCUGCAGGCUCACUGAUCGUAUCAGAGGCCGGAGGGGUCCUGAUGGACGUGGAGGGAGGGGAGAUGGAUCUGAUGUCUAGAAGAAUCGUUGCCGCCAACAGCCGAAGUGUCGCUGAGAGGAUCGUCAAAGAGAUCGACUCCUACAGUCCUCAGAGGGACGACGCUCCGCUUACGCAGUAGACACCUGCAGUGCAUUGUGGGAUACACAACAUAUUUUAUGUUUAGUUUGUAAAGUUUGUAAUAAAGUUUGUCACUACAACAAA